AUGGCUAAUUUGGUGACGGUGGGGGCGGGUGGUAUUCUGAUCUCCUUGGUCAUCAGACUUAUCUAUAGAGUCUACUUCCAUCCUCUCAGUAAAAUCCCCGGACCCAAGCUCGCAGCUGCCACCAGUGCAUACAUCUUCUACUUCAACGUCAUUCAACAGGGAACCUUUAUUUGGCAGCUUGAACGACUACAUGAAGUCUAUGGACCCAUUGUGCGGGUCUCCCCGAGAGAAGUCCACAUCAAAGAUUCAAACUACUACGAUGACAUAUAUGCUUCCAGCUUAAGAAGGCGAGAGAAGGACUUGAUCACUGUACGCCAAUUUGAUAUCGAGGGAUCCGCGUUCUCUAGUGUCUCCCCCGAGGACCAUCGUGAACGUCGUGCACCCUUCGAGAAAUUCUUCUCCAGAUCAGCUAUCGCAAAAAUGGAGGAGACAAUCCAAAGCAGCCUGGAUCAAUUGUGUGAGCAUCUCGCCAGCGCCUGUGAGUCUUACAAAGUUGUCAACUUGGACGCAGGGUUUGCGGGUAUGACCGCAGAUAUCAUCCAUAAGUAUACCCUUGGAUACAACAGCGGGAACCUUGACAACGAAGAUUUCAAUGAAAAUGUCAGAGAUGGAGUCAAUGCGCUAUUCAGAGGCGCUCACCUCCUAUUCUUUUUACCUUUCUUGCAGACUUUCUUCGGCUCUCUUCCGCUAUCAGUGCUGAGAUGGGUAAACCCCAGCGCCUACGUCCUUGCAAAUCAAAAGAUGGGUGUCCACAACUAUGUGGUGGAUGCCCUUGCUGGCAAACGCACAGAGAAUGGAUCGAUUAUGGAGUCUCUAGCCAGUCAUGGCCUAGCCCAGCAUUUGCGAGGCGCUACUAGACUCACGAAUGAAGCCUUCUCUAUUCUGAUCGGAGGCACAGAGACAACCGGUAGAUCCCUCUCGCUUGGCUUUUUCAAUAUUCUCAGUGAUAGCACUGUGAGAGCCAGAAUGAGAGAGGAACUGCAAUCUGUUAUGCCAACGCCCCAGGCCCGCCCAACAUGGAACCAACUGGAACAGCUUCCUUACUUGUCUGGCGUUAUACUAGAGACCCUACGCCUCUCAACGGGAAUUGCCAAUCGAUCACCUCGAGUUGCACCCACGGAGACACUAAUCUACAAGGAUCAUACUAUUCCGCCAGGAACCCUUAUUAGCCAAACAAACUAUUUUGUCCUCAUGGACCCUGAAAUCUUCCCUGACCCUCACACCUUCGACCCAGACAGAUGGGCACGCGCCGCUGCCCAGGGCGAGCCACUGCAACGUUAUUUGGUCAACUUUUCAAAGGGAAGCCGGAUCUGUCUCGGAAUGCACUUGGCAUAUGCUGAGAUAUAUCUAGCGUUUGCAACGCUUGUUCGUCAAUUUGAGUUUGAGUUAUAUGAUACAACCGAGAAGAAUAUCACUUUUGCCCGUGAUUUUGGCACACCCUAUCCCGAUGAGGGAAACUUCAGCCUCAAGGUCCUGGUGAAAGCCCUGGUUCAAGAAUGA